UGGACAAGAUACUUGCAACUUUUGGCCUUUUGGAAGAUUUUUUGCUGCAAAAGAAGGAAGCAUUGGAUUUUGGAGAGAGAGUAGACUCUAGAGGCGGCCUUCACGCUUCUGGAACUUGGAAGAUUUCUCAAGGCCUCUACAAUCAGAAUUGCAACUGACGUGGGCGCACUCUCCUUGUGGAAAGGCGAUGGCUCUCUCCACAGUCUCGCAGCUGGGGUCGUUGGUCCAGAAUAUAGGGUUCACCUCAACCAGUCGAACUCAAGAUUCAGUGGGCCCAUCCACAGCACAGACUUUGGCGCCUACUCUUCGGCAAAAGCACUCAGCCCCAUCCGCAGCAUUGGAGCUCCAUAACUGCAGAAACUGGGGCGCACACAAAGCACAGAACUUUCUCAGAGGUCAAUCGGUGAGGCGGUCAGCGGCGAAAAAUGCACCGGCAGCGGGCAUUCAGAUGUCGGGCGGAGACGAGAAGCUUCCCAGCCUGUACGAGUUGCCGCUGACGAGUUUUAUCGACCAAAGCGGUUACAUUAACCCGCCGGUGGAGAAGAACACGGAGGCCAGCGUGUUUGCGGUGCUGGAUGAGGCGAAGAAGGUGCAGUACAUCGGGUUUUCCAAGGACGUCCGGAACUCGCUGCGGACGCUUUUGUGUCGGAGGCCGGACAAGUGCCACUACUACAAGCUGCAUAACCUAUCGGUCCUGGACCAGCAGCGCAUGAUCGAGAUCAGGAACUCGUGGUCGUCAGAGCUCGGUCUACCUCCCCCGGGUAACGCAGACCCGUACCAGAAGAACCAGUGGGAAAAGCCUGUCGAUGCUGGGUCAAUUUCGGAGAGGGGGAUGGCUGCUGCGGGCGCCUCAAAAGCAAAGGCGCUGCUUGGAGAGAUGCAAGCCAGGGGGCUCAAGGAAGAGAUGAUCUACGACCCAGCCUUGCUGGAGAGGGGCAGAUGCGAUGUUCUUCCGUCCAAGCAAAAGUCCGCUGAGGAGCUCCAGGCGGCAUCGGACUUGGAGGCGGAGCGGAAGUCGAACGAGCGCCACGUGUCAGCGGUGGCCAUCGACGGGGAGAAGAUCGAGUUCGACAUCACAUUCACCAUGAAGUACAAGACGAACGGGGGCUGGAUGUACGACGUGUCAGUCAGCCACCAGGACAGGGUCACCACGCAUCGUGUGUUGCUGGGGCAGCCAAUGAUUGACCUCACCAAAUUGGAACCUGAGGUUAUCGUCGAACGAACCUUUGCGUAUUUGCUGAGUAAAAGAAUUACACGCCAGACGGAGGGGCUUCUGCACAGUGAGACAUUCCCGAUCAAUUACUUCAGUGUGUCGGAAGUAGAACAGUGGUUCGACGAUUUCAAGAUCAUGUUUGACAACCAGGAGCUGGUGGGUAACUACUGGCGUUUCAAUCGGCUGUACGAUUACGGGGCUGGCUACUCUGAUUCGCAGCCGGAGCUUGGUCCUCAAGGGGACGAUAAGCAGAAGGCGUUUAGCUGGUAGUUAGAGGGGCCGAACUGUUCUGAACUUCCGGUCAGUUUGCAGUACGGCUGAAGCUAGUAGGUCAAUUAGAAUAAAAGACGCACUUGGCAUACCCUUUGAGUUCUGGAGCUUUUGAACGGACUGUAGUAAAUCUGCCUCAGAGAGUUCAGUGGCAAUUAUCGCCAAGUUACAGGUACUCUCGCCAAUUUACAGGUUUUUGGGUCAGCAAAGGCACCAAGCUGCACAGUCCUUGUAAACCUCGCUCGCAGGAGUUGAGGCACGUGUACAAUAAAAGUGUCCCUUUCCAACAUAUCCAGGGGCGUUAGUAUCUUGAUUUGUGCCCAGCUUUAUCCCUAUG